AUGGGACGCAACAGCACUAAGGGCACUUCCACUAUUCUCUACUACUUCCCCAUCGUAUCUGCGAAGCAGCUUGGAGUUGACCAACAAAAAGACUUUAAAAGCUUCCGAAAGAAAUCUACCCAUUCCCGGAAAGCAAGGGAACGACGGCCGCAGCCGAGCAGCGGGUGCUCCAGACUGCAUCAUAAUGAUGUUGCCUGGGGACUGGUGUCGCAGAACGUCAAUGGUCUGGGAAGUACACAGGCGGCUCGUGAGGAAUGGUUCAGUUCUUUCAAGCAACAGGGAUCUCAUGGGCGACAUGAUAUCGUUCUUCUUCAGGAAACCCACGUGAAGGCGCGGGAUGUGAAGGAGGUAUCACGUAUUUUUUCAGCUACUUGGGGUUUUCGAGCAGUUACACCACCUCUCUCCUACUGGUCACCGACCGAUGACAACAAGGGAGGCGUUGCAGUGUUGGUUGAUCCAUACGGAGCAUUCUCCAACGUUACACCUCUAUUAGAGCACAAAUGGUCCCCACACUUUAUGGAGCUACAAGGCUUUCUCGGCGGAAGUCCAGUGGUGUUGCUCAAUAUUUACGCACCGUGCAAAAGAGGCAAACGCGAAGCUUUCUUCACCGGUCUGGCAGAACUUCAGAUCCCACGUGACUGCAAAGUUCUCAUGGGCGGCGACUUCAACUGUACGCUUGACCCAGUACUCGAUCGUAAUCGUCCAACUGCCCCCGGUGUGCACGAUUCUCCGGCUUUGCGUCGGCUUUUACGGAACUGGGCACUGGAGGACGCGAUAAUGCCCUUUCGUCCAAGCCGGGAUGGCUGGACAGCACCUACCAUUGCUCACCACCACGCCCUUACUCACACUUAUGGGUAUACGGUGAAAGUUGGUGGCACUGGAACCAGUCGGCUUGAUCGUUGGUACUUGUCUGCGAAUGCUCAUGAAUGGAUCGGAGGAUUGGAGGUGUUACCGCUGAAGCGAGGCGCUGAUCAUCAUGCGGUGGUGGCACAGAUUCGAUCCCCUAUCGACCCAAUCAGGAUCAGGAAAGCAACCAAAGUAUUUCCGGUUCCAGCAUUUGCCAGCGAGGCUGUGCGCGACCUCACAGUUAGCGCAAUUCGUGAACUAUCUGUGAAUGUGAAACCAGAGGAGACCACUGGGCAACAGGCGGCGGCAAGCUGGGACCACUUCAAGUCAACUAUAAGUAAGUUAACGAAACAACGCGUCAAGCAGCUUCGCCGACGGUGCACGAGGUCAUACCGCAGGAGACUUCGACGCCUUCGCAAGCAGCUAGAUAGAGCCAUUGCAGAACGCCUUGAUAACGACGCCACAAUCGCGACGAUAACAGCGGAUAUGGACGUGCUAACAUUGGAGAAACAUCGAGGGUUCUCCAAGGUGCAGCGCGCUCGGGCAGCGAUUGCGGAACUCCAACGAGACCGUGCAUUAGCCUCUAAAACAAGGAUGUUUCGCUCUCAUGAGUGGAAUGACCAGAAAACAACUAAGGAAUUUUUCAGACGCGUCAGCACCAAGUUUGGAGACAAUGUGAUCCCGACGCUGCAGCCGGUCGACGGGUGCCCCAAGCGAGAAGUUCACGAUAAGGCCAAUAUUCUGGCCGAUGCGUGGACUCCGAUCCUUCAGCAAUCACCUGGAUCACCUGAGGCGCAACGUUCAGUGCUAUCAUGGAUUGGCUACAAACCAAAUGACUUCGUCCAUGGCUGCCACAACACAGCCGAUCACGGAGGCUGA